AUGAAUAACACUUCUUUGAAUAAAAAGACCGAUCAAGGACAGAUAACAAUUUUACGUAUUAAGCGUAAAAGAACAGAAGAGCCUUUGGAUGCUUUACUCGUGCACCAAGAAAACGAAAAACGUGUAAAAAAGAAUGUAGAAAAAGGCAAUAAGUCCAGUGAAUUGAAAAUUUCCGGUGCAGCUUUCCCCACACUAUUUAGACUUGCUGAGACAGUAGAAGAAAAGAGUUUUGCUAAUAUAGACGAAGCCAAGAAGUUGAAGGACCGUAUCAUGUCUAGACGUAUGCAACCUGGAACAAGUCGACCACAGACGCCCAUUUCACUUGAAGAUAGAAAAGACCGUUUGGUGCAGAAACAAAAGGUUGAACCAUAUAAACAGGGUUAA